UCUAGUUGAAGGUUUACAGCGUCCARCCCGGGCGGCUCAGCUGUGAUUGGGUGACUUGUCGGGAAUACGUGCUGUUAUUGCCCCGUAGAAGUGAAAUGGAGGUGUUCUCCACAAGGAGCAGUGAACGCGCAGCCUCUGCCUUUACAUUUGUGUGGCUCCUGCUGGGGGAACAGGUCUUUGCAUAAUCACGUCCGGCUCUACCUGGCGCUGCGUGUGUUUUCUGGACGAAGAACAGCGGAAACAGAAAGGUUUCAGUCCCCCCACCAUCCUCUCCUUGGCAUGUGAUGUUAUGUCCUGUGUUGUGAUGCAACAGAGAGCGAGUCCAGUCUGUCUGAAGCUCGUCAUUUGAGGCAGCAGGUGUUCUGACAUGUGGACCUGAAGAGUCACCCUCUCCUGCUCGUGAUUGACUCCUUAGUUAUUUAAGGCAGCUUCCGUCUGGACGCUUUAAAGUCGGUGGGUCUGUCGGGAUGCUCGGUCAGUCUCCUCACCUUAUCGGAGGCAUCUUGUGGAUCCAGAAUCCAAUGAGAGCUGUUCACUGCAACCUGAGCCAAAAUGGCAUCAACCACCAGCUGCGUCCCGAGGACAUGACUUCUCAGCUGGAGGAGGACGAGGAGUUGGUGGACGCCGAGGCCGUCCUGCUGGACGACGACAGCCCGAGUUACCCGGACCUCCGCCGGCCUUCGUACCACCGCCGCUCCCCGCCACACCGCUCCGUGUCUGAGUCCGAGCUGACCCGGCCCGGAUACGUGAAGCUGUCCAAACCAGUGGCCCUGUGGACUCAGCAGGAUGUUUGCAAAUGGCUGAAAAAGCACUGUCCCAAUCAGCAUCAGAUCUACAGCGACUCUUUCAAACAGCACGACAUCACAGGACGGGCCCUCAUGAGACUAACAGACAGAAAGCUGGAGCGAAUGGGGAUUAUCCACGAAGCCCAGAGGCAGCACAUCCUGCAGCAAGUCCUGCAGCUUCGUGUCCGCGAGGAAGUCAGGACGCUCCAGCUCCUCACACAAGCGUCUCUGGAGUGCUCUCCGUCUUCGCCGUAGACGGACGGAUCAGGCCCGACGCUCGCCGCCUCUCCUCCUCCUCACAUCCACCCAGAACUUCCUCCAGUCGAAGCUCCUCACCUCACAGGUCCGGUUCUCUCCACAAAGACCGAUCCUGGAAUAGAAGACCUUCCUCUUUCUGUCUUUUGUCCCGCUGCAGACGUCCUGCCGUCUCUUUUUGGCCUUUUUCAGUCCAGUGCUUCAACUUCCUUCAAGCUCGACUGAGAUUCUCACAGACUGCAGAGAUUUGCACACUUGAUUCAUGAAGGAACAUUUAUGAAGGAAGUUUUUGCACCGUUUAAUUUGUAGCUGCACAAUAAUUUCAGCGCGUCUCCGUCCUGUGUCCGUCUGCGGCUCUUCCUCCUCUGCUGCGCCCUCCUCUUCCUCCUCAUCCUCAGAGUGAUGCGUUUUACGCCGCCGCCGUGUUUUGUGCUCUGGUCUCUGUGUGUCAUCCUGUGAAACGGCCCGUCACAAAGUGUUAGAUGAUGCGUGGUGAAGUGUCCAUGUCGCUUUCUGCUUUUUACUCCGUCUGUGUUCUGAACCGUGAGGCUGGAGAAAAAGGUUCUGGGGUAAAAAACGGGCCGGGUCGCCCAGGUCAGGGGUGUCCAAACUGCGAACCAAAAACAAUACAGUUUGAUCCUCUGACUGUUGAUUUGUGAUCAGAUUAAAACGAUCGGAAACAUAAUUUUCUGACAGGAAAAUGUAAAGUACAACAAACUAUUUGACUUUUCAUAAAUAAGCUUCAAAUGGAGGUAAAAAUCAAGAAAGAAACUGAUUUGGGAAAUUUUUCUUUUUCUUGAUUUUGUUAUUUUUUUGUUACUUAUACAA